CUCUAAUUGUUUUGAUAUAUUUUUUCAUGCUGUAAUGCUGUAAAGUCGUGAAAAUAAAACCGACUUCCUAGUUGUCUUGAACUUGAUGCGCUUGAACAAACAUGUACAGAGAAUGUACAUACAUACGUGCAUGUUUAUAAAUCGAGCGAUGCACCCGAGUAACUCCAUGACACAAUUGAUGCAUUCCGUGUCAAAUAUCCAAAGUGAACUCAACAAUAAAACAAACAAACAAACAAUUAUGGGCAAACUGACGUCGUCGUCGGUCGUGACGAGUGGUUUUUGGCUUUUGUCCGGAGUUUUACUACUAAGUUUUACGGAGACAAGGGCCUAUGGAUUUGGACGUUGCCCGAAUUACCCAUCGAUGCCAAAGUUCAACAUGAGCAGGGUUCUUGGUCAUUGGUAUGAAGUGGAGCGUUCAUUUUAUCUGCCGGAAAUCGCCUCCGGCUGCACUACCUUCCAAUUUCAGCCGUACAAUAAAGCAGAACAGUCCAAGUUCGCUAAUUUUAAAUUGGCAGUGGCCAUCAAGAACAUCAAUCGCAUAACUGGUAAUCCAAAUGUAAACAUUGGAUAUGCCACUCCUGAAAAUAGUCGAUCCUCCAUCAUGGAUUUCAAGUUUACCACUCGUUUUCCGGACGUGAUCGCCCGCCUCCUACCGGGCUCUGGCAAGUACCAGGUACUCUACACGGACUACGAGAACUUUGCCAUUCUGUGGUCCUGCGGCAGCAUCGGUUCCCUGGGCCACUCCGAUCAGAUCUGGAUUCUGGGACGUGAUCGGGACUUUGAGGUGGACAUUCGCUCCAAGGUCUACGAUGUGCUGAAGCGACUCUCCCUAGAUCCAGAAAGGCUGAUCAUCAGCAAAAACAAGAACUGCCCCGAGGCUCUGUGAGAGAAGCAAAGCAUCAUCAUCCCUAUCCCCAUCUACAUAUACAUAUAUUUAAGUUCAUUUGGUUAAGGAACAAAAUCCCAUUGGAUGCCUAAUCGUUUAGGCUGCUGUGAUAUAGAGGAGAGGAGUGUGUGAGUGCUGAGAGAGGAAUAUGCAAAUACAGAAACAAAUAAGAUUAACUC